AUGGAUUACCAAAAUAGAGCUGGUGCAAACAAGGGCAGUGGUGGUGUCGCCGGCGCGUCCGAAACGGCCAUAGACAGAAGAGAACGUCUCAGGAAGCUCGCUCUGGAGACGAUCGAUCUGGCCAAGGAUCCUUAUAUUCUCAGAACUCACUUGGGUACCCUUGAAUGCCGUCUCUGCCUCACCCUUCACGUCAACGAAGGCUCUUACCUCGCCCACACCCAAGGCAAAAAGCACCAGACCAACCUGGCACGACGAGCGGCCAGGGACAACCAAGACCAGCAACUGAUGAUCCAAGCUCCACAGGUUGAGCAGACGGUGAAGAAGGCGUUUGUCAAGAUUGGAAGACCUGGAUACAAGAUCAUCAAAAUCCGCGAACCGGUCAGCCAGAGGAUGGGCCUGUUGUUUACUGUUUCAUUACCCGAGAUCAAGCAAGGAGAGAGACCGAGAAGAAGGUUCAUGUCGGCGUUUGAACAACGGCGAGAGGUGCCCAAUAAGGCUCUCCAGUACCUGGUCCUGGCAGCCGAACCCUACGAAACGAUCUCUUUCGCCAUCCCCUCGAAAGAGAUGGUGGACGCCGAAGAAGACCCAGAGUCGACGUGGGAACACUGGGAUGGAGACGAGAAGGUAUACAGCUGCCAAUUAUUGUACAAAUAA